CAGGUCACCCUUCUAGGGUCCCCAUCUGGAAGGCAGCAGGAACAACCCGUUCAGGCUCUCAAAACCUCUCGUUUGUUCUGGAUUGGGAGGAACAUGAGCGGGCUUGACAGAGGCAACAACUGCUCAUUCAGUGACGUGGACGAGCUCAUGAAGACCCUGCAGAUGGCGGUCCACAUUCCCACCUUCCUCUUGGGCCUGCUGCUUAACCUGCUGGCCAUCCGCGGCUUCAGCACCUUCCUGAAGAGGCGUCCGGACUACACAGCCACCUCCAUCUACAUGAUCAACCUGGCCAUCUUUGACCUGCUGCUGGUGCUCUCGCUGCCGUUCAAGAUGGCCCUGUCGCAGGUGCAGCUCCCGUCCCUGGCCUUCUGCACCCUGGUGGAGUGCCUCUACUUCAUCAGCAUGUACGGGAGUGUCUUCACCAUCUGCUGCAUCAGCCUGGACAGGUUCCUGGCCAUCCAGUACCCGCUCCUGGUCAGCCACCUCCGGUCCCCCAGGAAGACCUUGGGGAUCUGCUGUGUCAUCUGGCUCCUGGUGUGGACCGGGAGCAUCCCGAUCUACAGCUUCCACGGGAAAGUGGACACGUACACGUGCUUCCACAACAUGUCAGACGGCACCUGGAGCGCCAAGGUCUUCUUCCCCCUCGAGGUGUUCGGCUUCCUCCUCCCCAUGGGCGUCAUGGGCUUCUGCUCGUGCCGGAGCAUUCACAUUCUGCUGGGCCGUCGGGACCGCACCCAGGACUGGGUCCAGCAGAGAGCCUGCAUCUGGACCAUCGCGGCCAGCCUGGCCGUCUUCGUGGUCUCCUUCCUCCCGGUGCUGGGCCUCUUCCUGCAGUUCCUGGUGAGGAAUGGCUUCAUCGUGGAGUGCGGAGCCAAACAGAGCAUCAGCCUGUUCUUGCAACUGUCCCUGUGUUUCUCCAACAUUAACUGCUGCCUGGAUGUUUUCUGCUACUACUUUGUCAUCAAGGAAUUCCGCACCGAUGUCAUGGCCCACCGGCCUUCCAGGGUCCAGCUGGUCCACCAGGACACCAUGUCUACCAGGGGAUAA